UGCAAAUUAUUUGCAUUCAGUGUCCCAUCUACUAAUUUUCAGGAACCCAUGCACCACUAUCAUUGGAAGGUAUUGCCUCAGGGAAUGGCUAAUAGCCCUACCCUGGGUCAAAAGUUUGUUAGUCAGGCAAUUCGCGGAGUUCGAGAGAAACAUCCGCAGGCUUAUAUCAUACACUAUAUGGAUGACAGCCUUUUAGCUCACUAUACGGAAUGUCAAUUAGAACAGGCUCUUCUUAAAUCUGGAUUAAUUAUUGCUGAAAAAGUUCAAAGAUGAGACCCUUACCUAUAUCUUGGACAUACCAUAGAAGGAAGAAAAAUUCGUCCUCAAAAGAUUCAACUCAGGAUAGACAAGCUAGAGACUUUAAAUGAUUGUCAAAAAUUUUUAGGGGAUGUCAACUGGAUUAGGCCAACUUUAGGCAUAACUACUAAUGACCUUAAAUCUUUGUUUGAUAUUCUUCGUGGGGAUAGCGACCCGCUCUCCCCUCGUCAGCUUACUCCUGCAGCUCACAAGGCUAUCUGCCAAAUAGAAGCUGCCUUAAAGAAACAAUUUGUACAAAAAAAAAUUGAUUACUCACAGCCAUGGCUGUAUUUAGUAUUGGCUACGCCAGUAUAUCCUACUGGCCUCUUAUGGCAACAGGGACCUUUGGAGUGGAUUCAUCCGCACUCCUCCCCGAAAAAGGUAGUUUAUCCUUACUCAGAAGCAGUAGCAGAUCUUAUCUUUACAGGACGUCUCAGAUCUCUGGAACUUUUUGGUCAAGAGCCUCAUACCAUCGUGGUACCCUAUAAAGUUCAACAAAGGCAAUGGCUGUUUCAUAUGGAUGAUAAAUGGCCUCUCUCACUCCUGGGCUAUCACGGAGAAGCAGCUAAACAUGUUAUUGCUCACUGUUUACAAGCUUUUACUUUCCUAGGCAUUCCCCAUACCAUUAAAACUGACAAUGGUCCAGCCUACACAAGGGACUCUGAGCCCCGUCGGAUCCCCAGCCGCUAUGUCCGGCCCCUUCAAGGUCAAGAUGGAGGACGAAGUGGAACAAGAACUCACUCCACCAUUCAAGAGGCUACGAAUUGGCCCACUAGCGCCCGUGCUGCCACCGCCGCCACGGAGAUCAUGGACGACUCGGAGAACAUCUCCACCAACUUCGGGACAGUUGAAGAAGCUGACAACGGAGGCCAAGGCCAUGGUCGUUCGCCAAGGAGCACAGCGAACUGCUGA